UCCUGCCGCUGCCACUCUUGGUACAUUCCGGGGACAGAAUGGCAGCGGCCGUGGGCAGUUCCAAUGGAAUCCUGCGAGAGACCGUCCGGCGCUGCAUGCGGGGCACGCUCGUCGCGGCCGGCUGCCUGAGCUGCCCGCAAGGAGCCAAACGUUAUUUGUUAACAGAAGAUGUUUUGCAAUUACAUGGAUUUCAGCAACAUAAGUUGGAAGUGGGAUAUAAACUAUAUGGCGAGAAAGACACAUAUUUCAAAACUAUUGAAGACAAGUUAGCUAAAAAUAUGCUGAUUCUCAGAGAUGAAUUGAAAUUGUUGCUGCAUUUGUGCCAGACGAAAGAUGAAGUGGAAAUAGUCAAGAGGGUGAUAUACAGGUACCAUGCUGAGAACAAAAAUGUGGCCUUUGGUGGUUUCAAAUUUGGUCCUCUUUUUAUGAGGCUGUGUUAUGAAAUGAAUCUUGAAGCAACGGCACUGGAGCUCAUCAAAGACCAGGCUUUGCACGGCUUCUUUUCAGAAAGUUCAUCAUUCAAUAUUUUGAUGGAUCUGCUCUUUACAAAAGGUCAAUAUGAAAGUGCUCUAGAAGUGCUGUUAGAAAUGAAGAGACAAGGCGUCAAAUUCGGCCGUGAUACCUAUUUACUCGCAGUUGCAAUAUGCUACAAGCUGAACAACUCGGAGUCCAGAAGAAUUUGUACUACGUUACUUGAAGAUGGGCAGCUCAAAGGAGUUAAUAUAUCAAGAAGAGUUUACUACUUUGCAGUAGUAUUUGCUUUGAAACAGAACGAUAUUUCCAGGGCUCGCUCCUUUUAUUCUCAGAUCAUAAACACAGAAAGCAGAAUUUACACUAAUCUGACAAUUCUUCUUCAGGUUGCAACUGGUGACCUAGAAGACCUUGUCCAGAGACUGAAAAAGGCUUCAGAGGCCGGUGUUUCAAGUUUUGUGAAAAAACCAGAAUACUGUAUGGAAGUGCUGGCUGCAGCCAAAGAGAAGCUGGAAGACAACCCAACUCUCCGUGUCCAGUUUGAAGAAAUCGUCGCCAAGCUGCAAGCCUCAGGACAGACUAUUUCUCAGACUCUGGAUGACUUGCUGUGCCAGCCGCCACGCCCAAAGAGGCACCCUCUGCAGCUGCUCAAGCUAAACCAAAUGAGCCGUCGGACUUUGAGACCUAUACAGUCUGCUCUCAUGGCUGAGUAGAUCCAUCCUUUCCCCUGUUGGAAUUUCUACCCAAUAAAACGUCACCCUGGCUUAGAAACGUGGUUUUUACUCGGUGUGUUUUCUGGGAUGAAUUGUGAUGCUCCAAACAAAAUGUAUGAGUGGACACUGUGGAACCAAACAAAUAAGGGAAAGACCUAGAUCUGCUCAAAGAAGACAACUUGCAGGCAAGGUUGUUCAGCUUCCUGGGGAAGAUAGUUACUGCUUGAUGCAACAUGUGUAGAAAGUUAUCACAGAAUGACAAAGACCCCCCUCUCUAAUCUUUAUAUUAUCUCUGACAGUAUUCAAGAUGCUUUAUUGCUUGUAUCAAACACCAAGUGUUUAACUGAAAUCUAUCCCAAUCUUGUUGAUAAGUAUUAGAAAUGGAAAAGAAAGGUGUAUGGAGAUGUGAUAGAAUUAGACCAUAUUGGGAAAAAUAUUGAAGGUUAUGGAGAAUAAUAAAAUAAUAGGUUGGGGUCGCUAACUCAGCACCUUGUUUAUUAAAGUUAUAUACUGCCCUUCAUCUGAAGAUCUCAGGGCGGUUCACAACAUAAAAAUACAAGGUAAAUCACAAACAGAACAAAAAAUAAACAAUAACCUCCCAUCCCACAAACACAAGGAUCUCAAUAGAUACCUCCUCAGAACUCCACAAUCCACGGCCAACAGUUUGGUCUUCCUGCUCUGUCUGUGUUUGCAGUGGCUUGGGCUCCCCUAUACUGAAUACACUCCUUAAACAUGCCCAAAUGGGAAGGCAGAAAAAUGUAUAAGAGUAGAAGAAAUAAACACAGAUUUGCUUUGUGCACCCAUUAGAUACUGUUUCUCAAAGUCAUUUAAAAACAUCAACUUUAUUUUAGAAAAUGAACUGAAAUGCUAAUUUUUUGAAUUUCAAGAACUUGCUAAAAUACUACACAGCAGACAGUAGGGGGCACAAUGGAUCAUGCAAUGUAGAACAGUUCAUCUAGCUUGAAUAUAAGGAAUGUAAUAAAUCUGCAACCAACAUCAACAGUCCUGUUAUCAGCAAGAAGCUCCCCGAAUUAGCCACAGUAUAUGUAAAAUUUUGAAUUUGUAUAUUUCAUUACUGACAUAAUCCAUACAUUUGUAUGUGUGAUUUGCAUCUUGAAUUGCAUGCAUGAGAGGCCACCUCUUCAUGCUCAAAGAAGAUGCAUAGGCUUAAUGAGAAGAUACCUCCUGGGACCUCAUUAGUAGCACUUGAAGCUAUGCUGGAAUGUAAUAUUGCAUCCAAAAAUAAAAUGCUACAAAGGAGGAGCUCCGAAUGGAAACAAAAUUAGUUUUAAGGCAAUCUCAAUGUGCAUGAAUUUAAAUAUUUAAAUAUUCUUUUCAUAGUAAAGAGUUUGUGCUACUGAGAUAUCUUCCACUAUGCCUUGAUGGUUGGUCUUGAGAAGAAUCUGGUCUUGCAGGGUCUCUUGGUCAACAGUUAUAUUUAUACCAAAGAAUCAUUGCAGUCCACAGCUGAAUGGUUAAGUUCAGUCAAAGGUGACUGGGCUGCAGCGCUCAUCUCGCUUCAAGCCAGGGUUUGUCCACAGACAGCUU